AUGUCUAGAGAAGUGGCAUCUGAACCUCUCAGAAGAGUGACGCAUUUCAUUUUGAACUUUUAUGGACCCUCUUGGUUCAAAAUUAUAUCAAAUUCUUCUUGCCGAAAUGGUGCUAACAACUUCUUUUACUUAGUUCAGUUGUUUCGGGAACUUGAUGCCUUAGAUCAGGCUGUGGUUCGUCCUGUUCUCAAAAAUAACUGCUACUUUACGCAUGCUGAAAACAUUCUCUUAGCUGCAGUUAGUGAUAGUGAUAUGGAAAUUCGUCGUUUUUCAGUAGAACAAAUAAUAAGAGCAAGAGAGAAGCAGACUAAUAGUAACAUACCGGUUCGCGUCUUUGAUAAGAAGAAUAUAACAUUAAAUCUGGCUGCGACAUCGUUCAUUAACAUGAUUGACUGGGAUCAGAGAAAUGUUACGUCUCCUCCGAUGCUAUCACACCUUUCAAGUGAUCAACUUACUUACACACAUCCAAUACUACUGCCCGAUGUUCCAUGUCAUUCACAGGCAGUAGAGAGAACAAUUAAAGACGUUAGCGCUGCCAGCUGUAAAGUUUAUGGGAGAAAGUCCCGUCAUGGCAUGGUGUUGCAGAGUAAGAAAUCCAGAUUAGAGAUACCAAAAAUAGACAGCAAGAAAGAUUUUAUUAACACCUUUAACGGAAGUUGGCUGUUUAAAACAGAAUUUUUAAAAAAGCAUUUGAGAGUUGCCGAGGGGAAAGAAAAAACUACAACGUCUAUUGGAAAAGCGGAAAAGGGAAGAUCAUCACUUCAUACGCUAAAAAAGAAAAAUAUGAAAAAAUCUCUGUUUCAAGAAAUAAUGUCUGAGUUAAGGAAGCAUGGAAGACAAAAAAUAAGUGGGCUGGAUGGGAUCAGCCACUGGAUAAGAAGUGCCAAAACUUUCGACAACAGACAUUUGUGGGAGCGCGUUGUUCGUGAAAAUGAUCACCUUUGGAUUACAGACGGCUAG